AUGGAAACAGGACCCGGUGCUGCUUCCCGCCGCUCGUCCCCAGGCGUCCGCGCGGAAAGAGUGGACCGAGCUCGCCGGACUCGCAGCCGUUCACCAUUUCAUGAAUCAUCUUCCUUUCAGCGCUGGUCGAGACCUCCAGGCCUGUCUCCGAACAGGGAUUCGAAAUUCGAACGAGAGCCGUCCUUUGCAGAUCAUGUACCGGAGAAUCCUGCGCAGACCUCUUUCAGUCCCCAGCCGCUGCCCCCGGCCGCAGACAAAGCGCAACUGGACCAAUACCAUCUGAGUGGUAAUAGGACUGGUAAUGAAAUUCCGAACCAGCCAAGGAACCACAGUGUAAGCCCACUCCCGCCAUCGGGUCCUCACCAGGGUCCAAGGUCCACGACCGUGCAAAAUCGUGGCUCCCACAACCUCUCCAUGCUGUCAGCACCAACCCGUCCUCGACGUGGGCCUGGUUCACGGGAGAACCCUUGGGGAGGAACUCCACCGCGUCGCGGACCGGUCACUCCUGCGUCACAUCCUCCCCCAUCAGGCCCUCGAUCUAAUUUCACUCCUCCAGGGCCUGGCGGAGGGAAUUACCGACAUCCCAGCUCCCGCCAAAAUAGUGUUCCGUUCAUUGCCCAAUCCUCGGCUCCAAGGUUCACGAAUCAUUUGGCAGGACUGUGUUCGAUCGUCCCUGGUGGCCGGGUCCUCCCUUCUGCGUUGGAUCCGGCAGUCGAGAAGCGGCUGUCUCAGUUGGAGGCUGAUCAAGAGAAACUACAUGAACAAAUGAUGGGGACUCAGAAGUCGAAAAGGGCAGAGCUCCGAGAUUGGGACAAGUUGGACCGAGAAAGCUCAAUCUCUGCGCUCAAAAGUGAGCUGGCUGAAGGGCACCUUCAGCGGAUGGCCGACGAGAGCAUCGGAGGAGGGAUCCCGUUCUGA